CAUUUGCCGGGCGGAGAUUGCCAUUGCCUUGAUUUUUUCUAGCCAUUUCUCUUGAAAAGAGAUAUUUAGGUUUCGAAGCCUAGCUCGUACCUGCGUAACUAUUCGUGCCUUUUUGGUGCAUUCCAGUGCGUAGACUCGAUGCUUUAAAGUGAUGUUCCGAGAAGAAAGUGUGGUUUCCGGAUGCUCAUGUCUGCCUUUGUUCUCACAGAUCAGCAAGCAACACUUUUGAAGAUUUUGAGUCUUGUCGCGAGUUGUGGACAGACGAAGUACUCAAGAAAACACUUGCCAACCGUCGCAGGCCUUUAAAGGAGUUAUCUCUCCUACUGUUUUCAAGGGGAGGCGAAACAAAAAUCAGCCACCAUGGCGUUCGCAGGGCUAAAGAAGCAGAUCAACAAAGCCAACCAGUACAUGACGGAAAAAAUGGGUGGUGCAGAAGGUACAAAACUAGAUGUUGACUUUGUGGAUAUGGAGAGGAAAACCGAUGUUACCGUUGAGUUGGUAGAAGAGCUCCAAUUAAAAACACGAGAAUAUCUGCAACCAAAUCCAACUGCUCGAGCCAAAAUGGCAGCCGUCAAAGGAAUCUCCAAGUUGUCUGGCCAGGCGAAGGCAUCAACUUACCCACAGCCAGAAGGUGUUCUUGGAGAUUGUAUGGUCACUUACGGCAAAAGGCUGGGAGAAGACAGUAUUUUUGCGCAAGCCCUCAUUGAGAUGGGAGAGUCUCUACGUCAAAUGGCCGAUAACAAAUACUCCCUGGAUGACAAUAUAAAACAGAACUUCCUGGAGCCAUUACAUCACCUCCAAACAAAGGAUCUCAAAGAGGUCAUGCACCACCGCAAGAAACUUCAGGGGAGACGUCUUGAUUUUGACUGCAAAAGACGACGACAAGCUAAAGGUAGUUCAUCUCACAAUCCUGGAUCAGUCAAUCGAUCUCCUUAUGGAAGCCCAAUCCGACUGGGCUCUGGUGUAACUGCUGCUGGAUCUCAUAUUUCAGAUGACGAGAUUCGCCAAGCUGAAGAGAAGUUUGCUGAGUCACUUCAUCUUGCUCAGAUGGGGAUGUUUAACCUUCUUGAGAAUGAUGUGGAACAAAUUUCUCAGUUGGCAACAUUUUCAGAAGGACUCCUUGAAUACCACCAGCAAUGUACUGAGAUCUUGAAAGUUCUUGUUGAAACUAUGCAUGAAAAGAAAGAAGAAGCAGCUAACAGACCUAAAUCAGAAUUCACUCCAAAAACAUUGGCAGACCUUAACAUUGAUCAUGUUGGAGUACUGGACGGCAUGAAUGGUUUGAAUUCUAAUUCCAACAAUUACUUACCUGCUCAGCAUACGGGUGGCUCCAACUCAUAUUCUUUCAACAAUCAAAAUCAAAAUACCUAUCCCUCAGUGUAUCCCAAUACCCAACCCCUCCAAACGCACAAACCUAUUGACCCCUGGUCAGCUGCUCCGCCCUCCAGACCCAAAGCAUCACCACUGCCAUCUCCCAUGAAAGGUUCUCCUGCCCGAACACCUGUCAGCAAAGGACCUUGUUGCAGCGCUCUAUAUGAUUUUGAUCCAGAAAACCCUGGUGAACUUGGAUUCAAGGAGGGAGAUACUAUUCAAUUGGUCAAAAAGAUUGAUGAGAAUUGGUAUGAAGGAAGUGUUAAUGGACGAACUGGAUUUUUCCCUCAGAGCUAUGUCCAAGUAGUCGUCCCACUACCCUAGACAUUUUAAUUGUGUCAAGCAUUCCAUUCUCCCCCUAUAUGCAAUGUGCGCAUGCGCCACGAUCAUCUGCCGUCAAGUUUAGCAACCUGGGCAUAUCCAGGACUAUGCUUCACACCACUCAACUUAAUUUAUUUCCCCCGAGUAUAUUUUGCCAGAUUAUGUAUUGAUAAUUUUAUUUCACUUCCUGCGAGGAUGUCUUGAAUUUUAAUUGUUGUCUAGCAUCAUUUUACUGUGUUUUUUUUUUUUAUUUCAUGCAACUGUGUCUAUUUGAGUUGUAUAUAGCUAAAAUCAAACAAUGAAUGAACUAAUCAUACCCAUAAUGCACAGUUAAGUUGUAUCUGUGCAUACUACUAUAUAAUUAUAUAUAUAUAUAUAUCUAUAAUAUAUACAUUUGAUGUAUAUAAGGUGUUGUGAGCGCUUACUUGUCUGUGUACACAUGCACAUUCAUGAAUAUCCAUAAAUGUUAAGUCAGUAUUUAUUGUGAAUGGGAAUAAACGUUAAAAAUGUAGAGGAAAUAAAUUUGUUUUAAAUAAGUAUAUAGUCUCAGUUUGCACAUUUGGUCACUGAGUUUUGUUGGCAAGGUGUCUUAUCAACCAUAAACACCUUUUUAAAUCUUUAAUUUUAUUUUUUGUUCAACUUAAUGAGAUUUGCCUUGCAAAUUGUUUCAUGUGAUUUUGAAAUACAAUGUAUGUAUAAAUUGGCCAUUGUGUAUAUCAAGUUUGUGGUGUGAAAAUAUAGUUUUAAAUUAUAUUUUAAAAAAUGUUCACUUUGAGACCUCUUGAACAAUGUUCCUCCUCAGGAAUUGUAAGGGGUUUGUUGUUGGUUGGAUCCUUCAAAUGGAGGAUUGGAACCAAAGUACGUAGUUUCAUUGGUUGUUUCAUUUAUUUUUACUGUCUUUCUUCCUAUAUUAAUAUUACGUAGACCUUUGGGCUGAAAAUUGAACUACCCUAUUUGGAAACUGUAACCCAAAGUCUUGGGCCCUUUCCUGUUCCUUUCAGGAUGUAAAGAUUAUUUGUCAGAGCAAUGCUGUGUAAAGUGCAAGCAUGUAAGGUCUGAUCCAAACACAUACUAAAUCUUGAGAUUGUUGCUGUUUGGAUGGUAAGAAUGUCAUGUACCAAAGGUCUUCUGAAGGCAUUAUGCAAAUGUAAAUUGCUUCAGUACAGGAACGUGGAAUCAGAUGUUUACAAACACUAAAUGUUUUAAGUAUUAAUGGUGACAUCACUUGUUGAUUGUGAUUACCAUAACAUUGUGAGAUGUAUUGGCUUGUAAAUAAGUCAUAAACUCGUGAGAAAUCGCCUCUGUGUAUUACUUUUCCUAAUGACUGAUAUUUGUUGGCCACUGAAAGCUCUGUAGUAUAUUUUUGCAUGAAGACGAGCUGCAAUGCAUUCUGCUGUCUAAAAGUUAGCUUGUGUUCAAAAGACCUUGUCACUUUUGCCAUUUAAGAGGAGGCAUGUCUCUGAUGAUGCAGUCAUGGAAGUACUUAAGACAGAAGUAUUCUUUGAACUAAGUUUUCGAUUUCGAAGAAUAAAUUGACUUGUCAAAUUGAAUCACACUGCCAUUCCAAAUAAUGAAGCUGGGUUGAUAUUGAGAUUCUUCUUUCCCUCAAGUGGCUUUCCUUAAGCUCCCAAACCUGCCAGCAGAAUUAGCUUUUGUAAAAAUAUUAUUCUAUGUAAGGAAGACUUAGCUGUUAUACCAAGGUUUCAUUUUUGUUAUGUUUUUGUUCAGCUUUCAUAAUUAUCAUGUUUAUUAGAUAAAUUUGUGCUCGAUGUUAAAAAUCAGUGUCACGUCACAGAAAAGUGGAAAUAUUUUUAUCAAGCCUGUCAACCCAACUUUAUUUUAACUUCAUUAAGUAGGAUUGCAGUGCGAUAGUGGAAAUUUUUGAGUUCAAAGAAAAAUGAUAAAUCUUAUCCUGCACAUAUUGAUGUUGUCAGUUCAAGAUGGCUCUGCUAACCAGGUACGAAAAGACAAUAAUGAUAUUGAUAUACUGAGCAGUUAGUCCUAUUGCAGUGUGUUGCAGUGAAUCUUUUGUCUUUUUCUGUUGGCUUUUUUCCCCCUUUUCUGAUCCAUUUGAAAUUUUGUUAUCUCUACACAUAUUGGCCUAAAAGCUUGCAGGAUCAAGAAGGUAUUCUAGUAAGGUACGAUGUUGCUGCAGUUCAGUGCCAACCACAAACAUUGUAAGAUAGACCAGAAAUGGAAGUACGAUGUUUUAACUAUUACAUCCCAAAAGUAUGUCUAGCAUCACAUUACAUACUGUCUUGCUUCAUGUUGCAAAACAAAAUAUGUUGGUUUCCAAUGUGACUAAAAUGGUACAAAGUUUUCUUUGAUUCUAUCUGGUGUAGAAUUUUCUCAGUCUCAAACACACUUGUUUAAAGGUCAAUCCAUCUUCAAUCAUUUGAUUCAUGUUCAAAAGUUAUCAUCAUCAAUUGAGACAGCAUCUGAAAGUGUUGUUCAGAAAAUGUCUAGCAAUUAUGGCAAGAGUGUUUGGCUUCAUCGGUUUGUAUCAUUCCUUUUACUGAUUAUUUAAAAGUAGAAGUGAUAGGACCUUCAAACACUCUGUUGUACUUAACUCUGUGAUUUUUUAAAAAUGAAAUUGAAUGUGGAUUGAUUGUGCUCUCCUUUAUCUUCACAGUUAUAGUCAGAAUGUUGUUACACACCGGUACUGAUUUUCUAUUUGUAUAUUUGUAAUGAGUUUUAUCUCUCAAUGGCCACUAAGCAGGCUUGUGCUUUUGCAACCAUUUUUUUGCAGUAUUGCUACUUAUUCAAUUUUUUGCUCUUAUAAAUUCCAUUGCAGUGUGCUUGUGUUCUGUAUGUUGAAAAUGAGCUUAUGAUGUCUUCAUAGGUCAAAGUAUUAGGCUCAAAUGGAGCGAAGACAGUACAACUGAUAUAGAAUUUUAAUAUUCCUCUAUAUUAUAGGUAAUCUAGUUGCAAAAUGUUGCAAAAGUGUGUGUGUUUCUGUACGUAAGUGUGGAUGUUAAGAAGAGAGUAAAUUGAGGGGAGAACUCUGAAAACAUACAAGCUGCUGUUAUAAAGGUGAUAAAUAUACUACAUACAUAUGUUCUGCAGUUUGGCAAUGUGGCAUGCUUUCUGUCUUAUUUUUGUAUGCAAUAACUUGAAAUGUGGUUCUUGCCACUCUCCUAUGCCAUCACAUUAUCAUACAUUAAUUUAAAGUUGUAUAGCAUUUGAAUUUUAAAGAAGUUAAAAUGAAACUAUUUUCUUCUGUUAUUUUUUGAAUGUUAGAUGCAGAUAUGAAACCAUAUGUUUUGAGGUGAUGAGGAUGUAUUGAAUUGAUAGCUCUCAGCUGAUGUGUUCAUGAGUGGGUUUAAGUAUUAUGAACUCAGUGAUUUACUUACAUUCUAUGAGAAUGAUAGCUUUAUACAUUUUAAUGUGUCCCAUGUAGGCAGAGCCUCAGGACUGGGUUGAUGUCUAGGUCGACUCUCUAAGCGACCAACUUAAUACUCUUACCAGAUUCUACUUUCAUGCUAUCUGGGAUGUUAGACAAUACAGAAUUUGUUAUUACUGAUCAUAUUAAGUGUAUGAAGUAUGUAUUCCGAUGCCUUAAAUCAGUUAUUGUUAAAUUGUACAUAGAUUUUGAAUUACUGUUGUAGAAUUGUGCUCUUGAUCCUUUAUCUAUGUUACUCGUUGGCUUUCCCAAUGAUAUUAUAAUGUCAAUUUGGAUUUACUUCUAUGAUUGUGAGUAUGGGAAACCAACUCAUUGAGCUAUGAAAUGAUAGCGUGAAACCAUACAUUCUUUCUCAAAGUGAAGAAGGCCAUUUUUAAAGUCAUAUGAAAUAACCUGACAAAUGAGCACACUUUAAAAAUGUGCCGUUAGAUAUUAAGAGUGCCAUCUAUGCUUUGUCAGUUUUCAUCAAAUGCCUAUAUUAGGCUUCUGGGAUCUUUGAAAGAAUGGACUGCAAACAUGUCUCUACUUUCAUUGCUGCAUCAUGUGUGUUAAUUCUUCUUAUUCUUCUAAAUGCAUUUUCUUGCUAUAAAUCCAAGAUUUGCUUGCUGAACUUCUUAUUCAUGAACUAUCAAAUUAUGUCGUGUUAAAUAAGCUAAAUUUUACUAUCAUCAUAAGCUGAGCCCAAAAAUUUACUCAAGGUUUUCACUAAACAAUCAUUUAAUGGUGAAAAUUUUGAACUACACAUUGCGGGCUUUACAUCUAUCUCUUCAACAUUCCAACAGGUUUCAAAAUGUAUGGUGGCUACUAUGAAUACUAAUGAUUUAAAUAAGCAGAUAAUGUUGCUUGAUUUUUAUGAGAUAGUCAUUUACCAUUACAAUUUUUAGAAGCAACUGGUACCUGUAUUGAGCACAUUCUGUAAUUAAACACUGAGAAAAAAUUUUUACUGGAAGGAUUUUUAAACUAGAUGAGCAUACCCUAUACAUGUUUCCUUUUUUUUUUUUUUUUUUUUUGCUAUUUGCCUCUGAAAUUAUGAAUUUUGAGAGGGCAGUUGUGUUGUUACUAAAUCUCACUUGUCUGUGAAAAAAUUACUGUCCUUUAUUUUGGUUAUGGCUGCUGCUCGUCACUGUGUGCUCUUCAUGUUUAAGAAUUCUUAUGGUUUCAUUUGUUUUCGUAGACUGAAGCAUGGAAAAUUAAUGUACUCAAUCUUUCCUCAAUUUCCUCAAACCUCUCUUCUAAAUUUCUUAAACUACUGUUGAGAACAACCUCAAGGCCUCAACACUUUUGGCCUCUACCUUAUUGUGUUGAGGAAUUUCACUAUAUGGGCACUUUGUUGAAUAUUCUAUAAAAUGCAAAGCCCCCAAUCUUUAUUCCAUAAUAAGAAAGUGCAAAGUGCAUUAAGUUAACUCUUCUUUAUUCAUUUCUAAAUUUAUUUUGGACAGCUGUGAAUAUCUGCCCUAUGUGAAUCCUCUGAAUUUGACUAAGGUGUGAAUCAUUUGACUAUGUAAAUGUCAUUUAGACUGCUGAAGUGGAUUGAAGUUCAAUUAAAUUAAAUGAAUUGUGUUCUGGUGACACACUAUGGUCAUCGUGGUAAAUGUAUAUUUGAUGAUAAUAAUAAAUGUAGUUUAUGUAGCAUUUAAGUUGUCCUAUAAUGUGUAGUGCCAUUCAUGAGGUGCGGCAGCACUAUCAGUCAAAAUAAAUUAUACCAUGUCUUGGAUUGUUUUAAUGUUAUAUGUCCACUAAAAAUCAACUUGAUCGCAAUAAAUCAUUUUGCUGUGCA